AGAUGAUUCCCAUGAUGGACCCCCAAUACCUGGCAGAGAAGUAUGCAAGCAAGCCUAGCAACCAGAGGAAUAAAAUUCUUGGCGGGAGGUAUGUCAAAGAGAAAUACCUUGGCAAGGGAGGUUUUGCUUACUGCUUGCAAGUGACUGACACUAGUAAUGGAGAAAGCUAUGCCAUGAAGAUUAUUCCCAAAGCAGUCGAUGGUAAGAAGAGAGCCAUGGACAAAAUUCAAAACGAGAUUAGCAUUCUUAGUGAGAUGGACCAUAAAAAUGUUGCAAAAUGAGAACGGUAUCUCGAGGAUGAUGAAAAUGUGUAUAUUAUCAUGCAUCUCUAUAAGAACAAAAGCAUGGUUGAGCUUUUAAAGGUACGCAAAAGAAUCACCGAGGAAGAAACCAAAUGUUAUAUCCACCAACUAGUGCUUGGGCUAAAAUACAUUCAUUCACAGAAUGUUGUACAUCGUGAUUUAAAAUUGGGAAAUCUGUUCCUGAGUGAGAAAAUGGAGCUCAAGAUAGGUGACUUUGGUCUCUCCGAGAGAAUUAGCUACCCUGGGGAGCUAUUAAAGUCCAUGUCAGGGACCCCUAAUUAUAUCGCACCGGAGAUACUAAUAAACAAAGAGGGACACUCCUACGAAGUUGAUAUUUGGGCGAUAGGAGUUAUAACGUAUACAUUGAUUGUUGGUAAACCUCCCUUCCAGAGCAAGAACUCCAAAGCUACUUGUAGCCGAAUCAAACGCUUAGAUUAUUCCUUCCCGAAAGAUAUUUACAUUAGCCAUGAAGCAAAGGAUUUUAUAACCUCAAUGUUACAGUUAGAUCCAACUGAUAGGCCAUCUAUUGAGGAGAUUCUUGAGUUUUCAUUUUUGCAGGGCUCUUUCCCAGAUUUAUGACCUCCUUCCUCAAUGUAUGUGCAACCAGAGAAUUCAGAAUUAACAAAUCAUAAGAGGAAGGUUCUAAUUACUCCUCAAAAGUUCGGAAAUGCUAGAAGACCUAGGAGCAAUAUGAAAUCAUAUCGUGGGAGAAGCCCCAUAGCAGAUGAGAAUGAUAACUUGAGUCAGGAUAUAGGACAAGAAUCCAACAUUAUCAACCUCGACAACUCAAGUGGACAUGUUGAGACAAUGAUGAAGACAGUUCUCAAGAUGGAUCCAGUUUUCCUUAAAAAGAGGCGUCAUCCCUUCAGAGGAUCAGAAAAAAACCCUUUUAGAACAAGACUCCAGUCAGUUAAUUCAGCCAUCAGAGCUCCUUCUUGAAAUAAUGAUUCAGGGACUCCAAGAGGAUCCGAAGAUGAAGAUAGUCAUGAAAAUAUCAAACUAAAACCUGCAUGUUUAAAGAGUGACGAAGUGAGCACAAAAGAAUCCCAGAAGAUUACAGAAGAACCAAUUGGAGUCAAUAUCGUCAAAUGGCUUGAUUAUAGUCAUAAAUACGGGGUUGCUUACUUACUAUCUAAUAAUAGUAUUGGCGUUCUCUAUAAUGAUGAAACUAAGCUGAUUAUUACUCCAGGCAACAAUGGAAUAAGUUGAGAAAGCCCAGCUGUUCAUGGAGAGUCAGGUUUCCUUUCUAGAUUUGGGUCACAAACAAGUCACUUUGUCCAAAAAAUCUACUAUUUCAACGGUCUGGACAUGCUGGUGUACAGCCACGAUGACUUCUCUGCAUGCCAAGUUGAUAAAAUGAGCAAGGACCUUAAGAAAAAGAUCAAGAUCUUUGUGUACCUCAGAAAGCUGCUCACUUCAGAAAAGCCCAACGAUGUAAACCUGUCGCUGGUUCCUCAGACAAGGGCCCAGUACGACUCCACAGUCGUUUACCUGAAGAAGUGGAGCUACGUCGGCGCCAAACUGGUGUUCAAGCUCAACACCAAGAUGAUGCAGAUCGUCUGAGGCAGUCCGAACAAAGUGGGUGGGCCCAAGUCUCCCACCACAUCCGAAAUCAUUUUCAAGUAUGAUGUGGGCCACAUCAUGCACUACACGCACAAGGGCAGGUCGAAGGUGGUCACUGUGUCGAAGGCUGACAAGCGGGUGAUUUUCAGCAACUCGAAGGGGCUGGACGAGAAGCUGAGCGUUAUCGAGAAUUUGGUGCAAAAUCCUUCUCAUCAAAUGGUUAAUGCCACUCCUAGGACUCUUUGAGAGAAUAGGAAUACUUCUGCUCAAAGCUCAAGAUAUGAUGUGACCAAGAACGAGAGAUCAAUUUAUGGCUUUACUCCUGUUCAAAAGAAACAAAAUUCCCAUAACAUUCGUCAGAGCAGGUAUAAACCUAAACGAAAAAUGUAUGAGACUCAUCAGUCGUUAAGCUACACUCCAUUUAAAGAUCUCACCUCAAAGACAUCCUCAUAUAUGGGAAAUGCAGCUUCUAGCUUUAAUAAAGCUUUUCUUAAUCAGACAGGAGUUCAUAUGAGCAGUAACAAAAACCUUAGAACAGUAGGACUUCCUCCAACGUCAAAUAGUGGUUCUAAACCCGUAGGACUGUGGAGAGAUAAGUAUUCAGAACUUGGAACUCCAAGAAGGUUCGACUUCUCCAACUUGCCAGACCAAUCAACUAUAACGACCAGCUGAGUAAGGAGCAAGAGGAACUAUUCUAAAGAAUCAAGUGUUUUCAGGAAUCGCCGUUAGGGUUAAACCCUCAAAGAUCA